UCCAGCGCUGCGAGACAUGGAGGCCAGUCUGAAAUAGUUUGCCUGCGGUCGUAUUAACGCAUCAAGACAAAAUGGGAAUGGCGAGUGAGGAUCUGCUCGUGACCCUUCAGAUACUACCUGGGUUCUUUUCAAACUGUCUCUUCCUUGCCCUGUACGACUCCGUGGUGCUGCUGAAGCGCGCGGUGUCGCUGCUCAGCUGCUCCAGGUCCGCCGCUGCCGGCUCCGGCUCCAGAGAGUGGCGCCGCAUGCUCACCUCCGCGGGGCUGCGCUCCGUGUGGAACAGCUUCCUGCUGGACGCCUACAAGCAGGUGAAACUUGGCUGCGAGGCACCCAACUCCAAAGUGGUGAAGGUCCCUGAUGGCCACCAAUGGAGUAGCAGCAUCUGUAAUGGAACUAAUAUGCCACCUGGUGCCAGGAACGCAAAUGGAGAUGAGUGUCAACUUCUGGAUUUUGAGUCCUCAGACCGCCCUUUAGUGGUCAACUUUGGCUCAGCCACCUGACCCCCCUUCAUCAACCACCUGCCAGCUUUCAGGCAGUUGGUGGAGGACUUCAGCGAUGUAGCUGAUUUCCUAUUAGUGUACAUUGAUGAGGCUCACCCGUCUGAUGGCUGGGUGGCUCCUCCUAUGGGCCCUUGCUCCUUCGAUAUCCGGAAACACCAGAACCUGGAGGAGAGGUUGGGAGCAGCAAGGAAACUCAUUGAGCACUUUUCCCUGCCACCGCAGUGUCAGUUGGUGGCCGACUGCAUGGACAACAAUGCUAAUGUGGCUUAUGGGGUGUCAAAUGAACGGGUAUGUAUAGUACAACAGAGAAAGAUUGCCUACCUGGGCAGUAAGGGUCCAUUUUUUUACAAUCUGAAGGAUGUGCAGCAGUGGCUGGAACAGAGUUUCGGUAAACGGUAG